UACCUGCUUUCGGCGGUCACCUUCCUUUCCGAGCUCGGGAUCACAGACCAGCCUGUCUUCGGACUUAUCGCUGAUGACGCACUUGGCGCAAUUACUAUGGUGUGGAAGACAAAUAAUCAAAUCUAUGUCAUGGAACGUGAUGUCCAACACUAUGAUAUCAGAGACCCUCUUCAGGCACUACAGUUCAUGUCUAUUCUGCCGCGCCUCGCGCGCCAUGACCUGGGCCUCUGUCAUUUGUCAGAGAAGCAGUAG